AUCAACAACCUGUUUUGAAAGGAUCUGAUUGGACACUCAGGAUCAACAACCUGCAGCUCAGAGUGAUGUCAUCGUCAUGUGACUCCUAAACCUGAGGAAGAGGAUUACACCUUCAGUGUCUCUCAGAGGAAGAGGGGAGAGAGGGAGGACCACCUGGAGAGGGACUGCUCUCAGGUUAAUGAGGACGUCAUAGCUGAUUGACAGGUUGAUUGAUUGACAGGUUGAUUGACAGGUUGACUGACAGGUUGAUUGAUUGACAGAUGAAGGGUCAGGUGUGCUUCCUGUUCCUGCUGCUCGUCUGUCUGCAGAGAGCCGGCUCCCACCUGCCCCCCCGCCUGCAGGUACAUCACAGGUGCAUUCUGGUGGGGGUCUCAGGGUCUGAAGGGGUCUCUCAGUCUGAAGGAGUCUCUCCUCUGAAGGUCUCAGGGUCUGGAGGAGUCUCUCAGUCUGAAGGAGUCUCUCCUCUGAAGGUCUCAGGGUCUGGAGGAGUCUCUCAGUCUGGAGGGGUCUCUCUGAAGACACAGAAAGGUCUCAGGCGUCUCCCAGGUCUCUGCCGCCGGCUGAGGAGACGCAGAGUCACCCUGCUGUGUCACAGAGACAGGUUCUGCUGGAAGGGCCGCAGUGAGACCCGGUCUGUCCAGGUGUGUGUGUGUCCGCGGGGCUCCAGGUGCUCUCACUUCUACCUGCACAGCCAUUAGUACACACAGUACACACAGUACACACAGUACACACAGCCAUUAGUACACACAGUACACACAGUACACACAGCCAUUAGUGCACACAGCCAUUAGUGCACACAGUACACACAGUACACACAGUACACAGAUUGAGAGAAACUCUAAUAAAGUGGUCUUUAUUAAACA